AUGGAGAGGCCGAAGAAGCUUGAUCAUAAACGUCGUAAGAAGAAAGCUACAUCGAAUGAAACAAUUGAAGAGGAGCACGAUGCAGGGAAAGGUCGUGGGCUUGAACGAAUCACCGCAGAGGAGAGACGCAACGAACCUCGACCUGACACUGAGAGAGACUGUCAUGAUGAGGAUGUUGACCGAGAUGAUGGAGAAGGAGAUGGUGGUGAUAACGAAGAGGAUGAGGUUGAAGAAAAUCAAGUAGAAGAGAAUGGAGAAAAUGGAUUAGACGUGGAAGAAGAGAACUGUGAGGACUUAUCACAAUAUUUUGGAGAUGUCGCGAGAGAAGAAGAAAUACAUUUGCUUGUGCAGCAGUAUUUCAAGUUGGCAUUGUUACGGUACUCUCUGAAGACCUGUUAUGACAUUAAAAUGUACAAGUCUACAUCAAGGAAGAUGGGUGCGAGAUGCUCUGAUGUUGAGUCGAAUUGCCCUUGGAGGAUUUACUGUUCUUACGAACCAAGGAGGCACAAGAUGCAAGUGAAAGUGUAUAUCAAUGAGCAUAAUUGCAUGAGAUCAGACUACUCAAAGAUGCUUAAGGUAUCGUCAAUUGCUUGGCUGUUUGCGGAGAGGUUAAGGAUCAACAGGAAGUUUACGAAAAAGGAGAUGGCUGAAGAGGUCAAGAGAGAGUACAAUUUGAUUGUCACAGAGGAACGAUGUGCAAAAGCGAAGUCUAAGCUAUUCCGACAGAGAAAAACAAGCCAUGAAGUGCAUUUCUCACGUAUAUGGGAUUAUGAAGCCGAGAUAAAAAGGUCCAAUCAGUAUACAUCAAUGGUUAUUGAGACUAUUCCCGGUGCUACUCCAGGAAGCAAGCAAAGGUUUGACAGGUUAUAUGUUUGUUUCACAUCUCAAAGAGAAUCUUGGAUAGAAUCAUGUCGACCUAUCAUUGGGCUAGAUGGUGCAUUCUUGAAGUGGGAUAUUAAAGGGCAUCUACUAGCUGCUGUAGGAAGAGAUGGAGACAACAGGAUUGUGCCAAUUGCUUGGGCUGUUGUUGAGGUUGAAAAUAAUGUGAACUGGGAAUGGUUUGUGAAGCUUUUGAAAUCGGAUUUAGGACUGCAAGAAGGAGCAACAACAACAAUAAUAUCCGACAAGCAGAAGGGACUUGUGAAUGCUGUCAAGAAUGAGCUUCCAGAAGCUGAACACCGAAUGUGUUCAAGACAUAUCCUUGCAAACUGGAAAAGAGACAAUAAAGAUCCUGAAUUAGAGAGAUUAUUUUGGAAGAUAACAGGAAGCUACACUCUAGGGGAUUAUCAAGAGCAUAUGGACACACUAAAAAAAUAUUGCUCAGGUGCCUUUAACUCCCUUCAGAAAACAAACCCCAAUACAUGGUCAAGAGCUUUUUUUAGGUUAGGAUCAGAUUGCAAUGACAACCUUAACAACCUUAGUGAGUCAUUCAACAAGACAAUUAGAGAAGCUAGAAAAAAGCUAUUGUUGGAAAUGUUAGAGGAUAUAAGAAGGCAAUGCAUGGUUCGUAAUGCCAAAAAAGCUAUCAUUGCUUCACAUAGUAAACAACUAUGA